CUGCCUUCCGCUUUAGGGUCUGCUGCUCUGGUUACAGACCUAGGAAGGGGAGUGCCUAAUUGGGAUUGGUGCAGGGUUGGGAGGGACCCGCUGUUUUGUCCUGCCCACGUUUCUCUAGUAGUCUGUAUAAAGUCACAACUCCAAACACACAGGUCAGUCCUGCUGAAGCCAGUUUGAGAAGACCACAGCACCAGCACCAUGCCUAUGAUACUGGGAUACUGGAACGUCCGCGGACUGACACACCCGAUCCGCAUGCUCCUGGAAUACACAGACUCAAGCUAUGAUGAGAAGAGAUACACCAUGGGUGACGCUCCCGACUUUGACAGAAGCCAGUGGCUGAAUGAGAAGUUCAAGCUGGGCCUGGACUUUCCCAAUCUGCCUUACUUGAUCGAUGGAUCACACAAGAUCACCCAGAGCAAUGCCAUCCUGCGCUACCUUGCCCGAAAGCACCACCUGGAUGGAGAGACAGAGGAGGAGAGGAUCCGUGCAGACAUUGUGGAGAACCAGGUCAUGGACACCCGCAUGCAGCUCAUCAUGCUCUGUUACAACCCUGACUUUGAGAAGCAGAAGCCAGAGUUCUUGAAGACCAUCCCUGAGAAAAUGAAGCUCUACUCUGAGUUCCUGGGCAAGAGGCCAUGGUUUGCAGGGGACAAGGUCACCUAUGUGGAUUUCCUUGCUUAUGACAUUCUUGACCAGUACCGUAUGUUUGAGCCCAAGUGCCUGGACGCCUUCCCAAACCUGAGGGACUUCCUGGCCCGCUUCGAGGGCCUCAAGAAGAUCUCUGCCUACAUGAAGAGUAGCCGCUACAUCGCAACACCUAUAUUUUCAAAGAUGGCCCACUGGAGUAACAAGUAGGCCCUUGCUACACGGGCACUCACUAGGAGGACCUGUCCACACUGGGGAUCCUGCAGGCCCUGGGUGGGGACAGCACCCUGGCCUUCUGCACUGUGGCUCCUGGUUCUCUCUCCUUCCCGCUCCCUUCUGCAGCUUGGUCAGCCCCAUCUCCUCACCCUCUUCCCAGUCAAGUCCACACAGCCUUCAUUCUCCCCAGUUUCUUUCACAUGGCCCCUUCUUCAUUGGCUCCCUGACCCAACCUCACAGCCCGUUUCUGCGAACUGAGGUCUGUCCUGAACUCACGCUUCCUAGAAUUACCCCGAUGGUCAACACUAUCUUAGUGCUAGCCCUCCCUAGAGUUACCCCGAAGGUCAAUACUUGAGUGCCAGCCUGUUCCUGGUGGAGUAGCCUCCCCAGGUCUGUCUCGUCUACAAUAAAGUCUGAAACACACUUGCCAUGA